AUGAGCCUAAAAGAAACCCGGAAACAUCGGCCGGAGAGGAAAACGCGGCGGAAAGCAGCGCGGGCAGCGUGGCAGCGCUUAAAAGCGAAGAUCGCGAAGGCGAAAAAGCGAAAAAGCGACAGCUGCCACCGGAAAGCAAAGCGGGACGAUGAUUGGUUCGUGGCAUGUGAUGCAGAGGACCCUGCGUGCGAUGUGAUGUGGAGGACCGUGCCGUAUGAUGUGCUGGCCCGUGUGGCGCGAUCGGCGUACGUAGAGAGCUCGCUCUCUACGGCGGUCAUGCUUUGGCAGGUUUUGCGAGGUAAGGUGCGGGUAACCAGGGCUCUGCUGCUUAUGGCUGUGUCACGCAGAUGGACAGAGCGAGAGGAAGUAGCAGGUCGCAUCAAUCUGGCGAGCGUAUUGAGCGUGGCUCAGUGCGUUGCUUGUUGGCAACGGAGGGCUGUUCUGCGCGACAGGCGGAAUGGCAGAAGAAGAGUGUGUCCCGAUGAGAGGGUGUGGCAUCCGGCAGGCUGGGCUGCAGACGUGUGUGUUAUGGUGAUGGACUUCAAAGCAGUGUUGCUGGACAUCGAAGGGACGGUCUGUCCGAUCGCGUUUGUGAAGGAGGUGCUAUUCCCGUAUUUCUCAGAAAAAGUGCCACAGCUAGUGGACUCGCAAGACGCUGCGAUUGUGGAAUUGCUUGCGCAAUUCCACAGCGAGGAUGUCGUUUCGCACAUCCAGCAGCUGGUAGCCGCUGACGUGAAAGAUCCCGUGCUGAAAAGCUUGCAAGGGCUCGUGUGGGCGCAGGGCUACGAGAGCGGCGAGAUCAAAUCUCCGGUUUACAAGGAUGCUAUUGAAUUAAUCAUAAGAAGGGGCAAUGUGUAUAUCUAUUCAAGCGGAUCGGUCAAGGCGCAGAAGCUUUUAUUCGGACACGUUCAGAAUCCGGGUGAGUGUGGUACCGGCACGCAGCAAGGCGGCGAGGCGGCCGCGCUGGAUCUCCAGCCGUAUAUCAGCGGUUACUUCGAUAUAACAACCUCUGGCGCAAAGACAGAUAGACAGUCGUACAGAAACAUUGUGGCAGCGAUUCCUUUCGAGGCAUGCGAAGUUUUAUUUAUCAGUGAUAACGCUCUGGAGUUGGAUGCGGCAAUCGAUGCAGGCCUACAAACAUGUUUGGCGCUGAGACCUGGUAAUGCACGUGUGCAAAAUAUCUCCAAAUACCGUUCGGUAGAAGACUUUAGAAAAUUGUAA